CACCUAGGCGGCCACAAAUUCUCUGGAAACGUCAUCAUCUACUUUCCGAACGGCGCGGGCGUGUGGUACGGCCGCAUAGAUCCUACGACGCUCAAAGAUGCAAGACUGGUGUUCGAAGAGACGAUCGAGCGUGGUAACGUGGUGGGAAGAUUCUUGAGGGGCGGCAUGAAUCUCGUCAGG